CUAGCAUGUUCAACAGCAGAAUAUCUUCAGAAUCCAAAAAUGGGAUGAUGCGUUGGUUUCUUUACGUUGUUUUGGAUCCUGUCCAAAUUCGAAUGAUCGCGCUCGACAAUCUUUCCUUCAGUCUCUUUGAUGCGAGAUGUAGACAGCACCUUCUGGGUAGUUCUCGCCACUGCCCACUAUCAUGGCGCUCCAUGCUGUCGACUUUCCAACCUUGCCGGUAGUCAAGGGUCAUCUUCUCGUGAACUGCAUAUUGGUACUCUUCGCAGUUCUCAUAGUCACGCUUCGUUUCUUCGCUCGCUUCUCUUCGGGGGCUAAGCUGUGGUGGGAUGAUCUCCUCAUUCUCCUUGCAGUGCCUCAGGGCAUCGGGAUGUUGGUAAUCCAAGGCUUGUGGUCGCCUAUGGGUAUCGGUUACCCGAUCACAGACACCCUUCCAAAUAUCGUCAUCAUCCUCAAACUUCUAGUUGCCUACGAGUUCAUAUUCGCGACCUGUAUCAGUACAAUCAAACUCAGCGUCAUGUUUUUCUAUCUUCGGGUCUUUGUCAACCCAGGACUCCGGACCGCGACAAAAUUCGCCAUGGCUUUUGUCAUGGUCUGGACAACGGCCAACAUCCUACAGGUCUUCUUGAUUUGCCAUCCAUUCGAGGCAACAUAUAAUCCAGCUGUCACGGGCAAGUGUGGAAACCAGAUAGCAUCGUUCAUCGCCAUCGGUGCUUUCAAUGUCAUUACCGACAUCAUGAUUUUGACAUUGCCAAUAUCGACUGUCUGGGCACUCAAGAUGAGUACGCCGGCCAAACUUGGUAUCAUCGCCGUCUUCUCAACAGGCUUGAUAGUGAGCAUAGUUGCCAUUAUCCGCAUCGUUAGCCUCACCAACCUCGAUCUCCAGAACUUGACCGAAACAAUGAUAUGGGCCGAUUUUUGGUCGACCGUGGAGCCGAAUUUGGGUAUCAUAUGUGUUAGCAUGCCGAUGCUGGGAUCACUGUACUCGCGGUGCACAGCUCGGCGGGGUGCUUCAAAGCUCGACGGACCUUCGGAUGCCAGCGGCUACAACAAUUCAAAUAAGUUGAGACGAUCGCAUCCAAGCGCACCUGAUACUAUCGCUUUGGCCACCAUAUAUUCCCCAGAGAACGAUGUACACUAUAAGUCAGAGGUUGCUUCGUUCGGGCGUAACGGAAAGAACGAAGAUAGUGGGGAUGACUUCGAGUCACGCCUGACCCCUGAGCAAGAGCUUUUGGGCAGAGAUAAAGUGGUACAGGUAGAAACGCAGUGGACUGUGUCUCGCCAAGAGGCUUGAUGCGUUUAUUUACGAAGAGAUCCAAGACUUUCAUUUGUAAUGAAAAUGACUUUUCGAUCCGAUCGCUGUCGGCUUAAUUGUAACUGAGUAAGGCAGUUAAGGUGGCCAAGUGCGAGACUACAUAUAACAAUGCCAAAGCUCGCAUAUUACACUUGGACAAUUGAUGACGGUUUUCAGAACUUGUGGACUGAACACAUGGCAUUAUAUUAAAUGCUCCCCUUUAAGCUUCUUUGAAAAACCUUCAUGAGGUAAACAGAAAUAAACUACAAUUAGGUAGCAUGGC